AUGGGUCGUAUGCACGCACCUGGCAAGGGUAUCUCGCAGUCAGCGUUGCCUUAUCGUCGCAGCGUUCCAACUUGGUUAAAAUCUACCGCUGAAGAUGUUAAGGAACACAUUUUCAAGUUUGGCAAGAAGGGUCUGACUCCUUCCCAAAUUGGUGUUAUGCUUCGUGAUUCCCAUGGAGUGGCUCAAGUCAGGUUUGUCACUGGUAAAAAGAUUCUUCGUAUUAUGAAGGCUAUGGGACUUGCCCCAGAUCUACCAGAAGACCUUUACUACUUAAUCAAAAAAGCUGUUGCCAUGAGGAAGCACUUGGAACGUAACAGGAAAGACAAGGACAGUAAAUUCAGGCUUAUUCUGGUUGAAUCUAGAAUCCACAGGCUUGCUCGUUACUAUAAGACCAAGAGUGUCCUUCCCCCCAACUGGAAGUACGAAUCAAGCACAGCAUCAGCUUUAGUGGCUUAA